GUGAUUCAUCGACGCCAAAAAGGAGUUGCCGUUGUGAGAUCAACGCGGCUGCAAGAGUGAGGGAGCGCAGGGACCACCGAAACGAAUUGGCUGACAUUGCAGAACUGAAGUGAACGCACAGGCGCAUUACAAUAGCAGCAACAGCGACAAAAGCACUCCCGUUUAGAGCAACCGGGAUAACAAUGUUCGAUCCAAAGCAGAUCACCUCCACCAUGUUGGGCUAUGCCCCGCAAUUCGUGCUCGCGCGCUUCUCCUCCGUCAUCAUGGGGGUCAUUGCGGCAUAUGGAGUGCUGCUUUUCUUUUGGGGGCAGCCUCCCUUUUUCCAGCGCGUAGGUGAGCUGGGACUCGUCAUGACGGUGUGCUACUGGGCUGCGCGUGGUGUGCGUUACGCCAUGAUGCGCGUCAUCACCGUUGUGGAGGGACCCGAUGCAAAUGCUGCAGCUGUUACGGGAGGGCCAGCAACAACGCCUCCAGCAUCUGCAGGUAGUGGCGUUACGCAGAAAGGUGGCUCGGCUCCGAAAUCUUCUACUGCUGCUGCGAGUCGACCAAAUGAGAAGGAAGCAAAAGUACUCGAUUAA